UGGACUGUACAGAGCAGGGUAGCAUCAAGGCUGUUGUCUAUGAGGGGUGGGGUCCAGCUACACUGAUAUCACACAAACAUAUUUGCUGAGAGAGGGUGAGAGGAAGAAAAAAAAAGAGAGAGAGAUCCAGAGAGAAGAGGGGGGAAGAUUGCACCUGAAGAGGAAUAUAAUACGGGAUGAAAGGAGACACCCCAGUGAAUAGCACCAUGAGCGUCGGGCAAGCCAGGAAGCUGGUGGAGCAGCUGAAGAUAGAGGCCAGUUUCUGUAGGAUAAAGGUAUCAAAGGCAGCGGCCGACCUGAUGGCGUACUGUGAUGCACAUGCCUGUGACGACCCCCUCAUCACCCCUGUGCCCACCUCAGAGAACCCCUUCAGGGAGAAGAAGUUUUUCUGUGCUCUCCUUUAAGACCAAAAUCAGGGAUUGUUGUGAUAAAAAAAAAAAAAAAAAGUACAACUGUACAGUAUGUACAUGUAUGUACAGGAUGUACAUGUACUUCAAAUCUAAAUAACACAUCAAUGUACAAUAGUAACCUUGCAUAAAAGCUGCCGAUGUACAGUACAUACUCAACUACAAAAUGUCUUGAGCUAAAUUUCAUAACUGCUAGUCUUGAUGUUAGAGGGGGAAGAAACACAAUAUAUGGGGAUUCCUGAUAAAAAAAAAAACAUUAUCCACUUAUCAAUAAAGAAUCGCUGAGUUUUCGCUAUCGAGACCUGAACAAACCGCCCCUAACUUGGUUGAAACCAUGUACAUCUCAUGUUCAGAUGCAUUACAGGUAACUGCCAAAAAGGAAAACACUGACAUCAAGUGUCUUCAGAGGGUGUUGCCCUCGCCACAAAUCACAAAAAAAAAAAAAAAAAGAAAAAGAAAAGAAAAGAAAAACAGCUUCAGCGAGCCUUAGUAUAGAUUCUGCAAAUGUCUGAAACUCUAAUGGGGAUGCUGUGACACUCCUGAAUUCAAGAAAAAAGAAAAAAAGAAAAAAAAAAACAAGAAAAAAAGAGUUUCCUCCAUUAGAUAUUUGGAUCAUGGUGGUGCUAAAUACUGUCUCAGAUGCUGCUCUGAUAAAGUGGCUGCUGUGUCUCUAAUAAAUAAGUCCAUACAUCUGAGAAACGGCAGCUGAGACAGGCUAUUUACUGGGCUUUCUGGCUCUUUGGAUCACUUUGUGGGGGUUGACGUGAGGUAACAGGGGCGGCCGAUGCCAAUAAUUUACGUUGUUUCCAUGCUCUUUAAACCAUUUCAUAACCACUUGUGCCCUGUAGAUGGAGGUAAUCUCAUCCUGUAGCCAUCAGUCUUCCAUCAGGAUAAAAAUGAGGUAAUGGGUGAUCAUUCAGAGUAGAUUUUUUUUCUCUCCCCCUCAUCAACAUUUUACCUUCCUCUUUAGGGAUUUCAAACCGUGAGAUACACCCCACCUAUUUUGUAUUCCUCAUUUACCAAGGUGUGUCUAUUUUGGCAGUUACUUGUAUCUACCAAGGACAAUAGCUGAUUGUGAGUGGAGUGUAAUCAUCCUUUCAAGGUUUUUGUUAUAUUUAAAAGACAUUUUAGUCAUUUCUAUACUGUUGCUGUAGUGCGUGAGCGUGUGUGCGUGUAUGUAUAGGUGCUACUGUGAAACUUAAAGCAACAAAUCUGAGCAUUUGGUCACUGUUUAAUCCGAGAUUUUAUAGUUCAAGCAUAGCACACGGACCCAAAACAUUCCAAUGGUUAUGGAUCUAUAACUAAUCGAAGCCAUUUAAAGCUAAAAUCAGCUAUUGGGUUAUGAUGAGUCUGUCACAUUAACAGUUUUCUAUUGCUUUAAGGCGAGAAUAAAUACAGAUGUUGGACAGUACUUUUACAGACAGGUGUGUAGUGUCAUUUGAGCACAUUGUGGUGCGAGAGGUUCUCUGGAGCAGUGGUUCCCAAAGCGGGGUCCGUCAAAGGUUUCCCCCAGCAAAAUGAAGGAAUAGUUUGAUUGUUAAUACUGAUAUUAGGAUAUACGAUUGUGACAAUGAUGUAGGAACAUCCAUUUUGACUCAAGGUUUCACUUUCCACAUAGCCAGUUGUUUAGUUGUGUAUCAAACCAUAUUCAUCAACAAAAAAUACUCUCAAAUUAGGGAAAAAAAAAAAAAAAAAAAAAAAAAAUCACAUUCAACAGGGGUCUGUCUAUGGUGGGGUUGGGGGAUGAAAAAUGUUUGGGAAAUGAAAAUGCCUGGGAACCCCUGUUCUAGAGACUGUUUCAGAAGUUGACCAUUUCAGAUUUCUUGCAAAAAUUUAAUUCUGAGCUUUGGCUA